UACUCAAUUUACUGGUCUUGAAACUUAUAAAAAAUUUUUUCACGUAGUUACAAAGCGUUUUAAUUCAGACAAUUCUUCAAAAUCGUAUAAAAACAAUAAUGUAACUACUAUUAAAGAAAUUGUACGCGAG